GGGCGGUCGACGGCGGCGCGUGCGGUUGGCGGUUGGUGCGAGGCCGCGCCGUCCUGUCGGCCAACCAGAGAGAGACGACGAAAAAAAAGAGGCGCUGACGACGACGAUGAGGAGAGAGCUGCCCGGUCACCGGCACCGCAAACUGCUCGCGUUCGCCGUCUACAAUAUCCUUCUCUCCACCGCUUUAGUGAAAGUUGGUGCGCCCACUGAUCCUCAAGUCAAAAAAAAUGGAACUGACAGAUCUGUUUCAAAAAUUUUCGGCAGCAGCAACAGCAAACCAGUAAAAGUUUAUGUGAAGAUUUACCAUGACAGUCCAAUUCUUCUCUGUACAACUGAGGAUCUUAAAGAGCAUGAAUUAAUAGAUCCAUAUUUUAUAUGGAUUGGACCAUCUGGAAAAAAUAUAAAAGGGGAGUCCUAUGCGAAGAUCACUGAAACAGGACGACUCAUAUUGAAAUCAUUCAGAAAGUUCAUGUCGGGAGACUAUACCUGUACAGUUUCCUACAAGAAUAUUGAAAAGAAGAAAGAAAUAUUCCUUGAUAUGAAAUUCUCAGUGUAUGCUUAUCGUGAGCCCGAUUAUUCGUUUAUGUUUGCGACCCGCUAUCACACCAAAGGUUGCCAUGAGCCUGCUAACAGUCAGUUCUUUCACAAGUUAAAUUCAGUGGAAAAAGAGUUGAUUGAUGAUCUAGCCUGCAGAAUAUCUGACAUCAGGAUGCAUUGCCAUGUCGUUAGAGUACCACACAAAGGCCUUGUAACCGAGCUCUUCAUUAAUUUCAGAGUUGAUCCUUUUGCCAAUGGAUGGGAAGCAUUGUGCAAAAAACUCGAACAUAACUGUCAAGAUGAACUUAACAGAAGAGUAGAGAAUGCUCGGAAUCGUGUGCAAGCUUUCUUUAUGAAGCAGAGCAUUGUAUUGGCAGGAAUGAAAAAUGCACUGCCCACCUUCUACUACAUUGACAACUCUCUGCAAGUGUCACGAGUAGACCACUGUCGCCCUGGGUUUGGGAAGAAUAAGAUCACUCAUUCAGAUUGCUCCGAAUGCUGUGUUGUUUGCGAUCAUGGGAUGUACAGCCCCACUAACGAUGUGAACUGCUUGCCCUGUACCAGUAUCAGGAUUAAUUUCUAUGGAGCCACAGCGUGUUAGCAUGUGCCCCCCCUGCAUAAAUCUAGCCUUCUGAUGUGAUAUUCAUUUGAAGGAUCAGUGCUGCUCUCUUAACAAAACA